AUGGAGUGUCAACCAGGAGAGGAUGAAGGCAGUCUGGCAACAUACUUGACAACAUGUAAAAAAAACCCAAACCACACUGGGUUUAUUCCAUUAACAGAUUUCAGCUUUGAACAUAUCACUAUCACAAACAGCAUUGACGAACUGUAUAACAUGAUCAAGUUUACAGCAGAUCUAACAGUAAGGAUAGCUGUCACCUAUACUAGCCCAAAGAGAGCGCUAUUUGUACCAGAUACAAAUGCUCCUUACCCUUGCUCGCAUUUGAGAGGUAAAAGUUGCUUAAGAACUGGAACAGGUAUAAUUACCGGCAUCUCUAAAUAUCAAGAUGAAGAAGGUAACACAUGUCAAUGCAAGGGGUGUAAGAAAUCAGACACUCCUCAAAGCACCUGGUGGAGUGUGGGUGUGAUGACAGCCACCCACGUGGUGUUUGACGACAGCGAGGCUGAGAGUGCCACAUGCAGGCUGUUCUUUGACCAGGCGGACAGUCCAGUUGUGACGUUAGAUGGCUGGAGAAUGUGGGACAUGAGCAUCAAGGGAGACACCUGCAGAUUUUCUUGUGCCUCACAUGACAUGGAAUUGUACGAGAAAGUCAAGAAAAUGUACAACAGUUACCUGUAUUGUCCACACAAGUUUGAAGAAGGCGUGUCUUUUAUAGUGUCACAUCCACACGGCUGCUCUAAGCAAGUCUCUAUAGGAACAUAUGAGAAGCAACACAUCCAGAAGCCCCAAGAGUGGUACAAAUGUACCAAGUACACGUAUGAGAUGAGUACAUGUCCAGGAAGUAGCGGGGCUUAUGUUUUCUCUAGCGACACCUUGCUUGUACCUCAUGUCCACAGUGGAUGUAAGGAUAAGAUCAACUGCAGUGGGGAAGGCUAUCAGCAAGUCUAUAGUUAA